AUGGAAGCAGUAGAUUCAGCAGAGAAAGAUAAAUUGUUAGCAGAAGAGUUAGCCGAAAUGAGAAAAAAAGAGAAUGAUACAACGAAAAUUGUUAAAGAGAUUGAAAAAAGUAAAUGUUCG